AUGGUGGGAAUAUCUGCAUCUGAAGUCCAAGCCAGCAAUGGCCACAUCUCGUCACCUGAGUACUCGUACAACGGCGAUGCUGGCAUGAACCAGCUCAGCCCAACUCACGGUCUUGGCGUCCGACCUGUAGCCCCACCAGUUGCUCAACUCAACCUAAAUGGAUCCGCGCGUCUGAACCGAUUUGGCCACUUGGGACCCGAGACGGCUGUUCAGGCCUUCUACCACUUCUUCUACAACUCACAUCCAUUCUGCCUUCCGGAACGGAGGUUAGUGGAACUCUUCAAGGAACGACAUGCCCCACUCUUGGAACAUGCCGUGCAUUUCAUCGGAUCCAGCUACAUACCGUCGGUGCCUACGGCCAUGUACAAGGAAGCGUUAGACCGUCAGAUAGACAGCAACAACUACCCAAGAGAUGCGUGGUCGGUCCAAGCCCUGCUCCUCUUCGCCAUCGGCCUCCACGCCCACAACGAAGUCCCCCGCGCCGCCCAGAUCUUCACCAUAGCCCAAAACCUGACGCUGGAAAUCGGGCUCAACCGGAUGGAAUUCGCGCUGAUGCACGGCGAAAACGAUCCGCAGUUGGAAGAAAGUUGGCGGAGAACGUGGUGGUCCAUGUUCACGGCCAACGGCAUGAUGACAGCCGUCAACCCCGGCGUGCAAUUCCGACUGAAAGACGUCGUAACCGACGUGCCACUGCCAUGUGAGAACGUCGAGUACUUUUCAGGUGUAAGUACCCACUCCCCUGACAUCAGAUCUGACAUGUGUCAAAUCGGCUUGGCAUGUUUCCCUUCUUAG